AUGGAGCCUGCAUAUGAUCAACCGAUCGCCGACAUCGCACAGUACAUUUUCCACUAUGAGAUCGACGAAGCGGAUGAAAAUGUGUGGGCGAGGGCGCGAAUGGCGCUACUCGAUACAUUAGGCUGUGCAAUUGAAACAGCAGCUACCAGCGACGAGUGCCGAAGGCUACUGGGUCUUACGAGGAAGGGUAUGAUCGUUCCAGAUGGGUUUCGAGUUCCGGGAACCGAUCUACAGGUCGAUCCUCUAGAGGGAGCGUUCGAUUUUGGUGUUCUUAUACGAUACUUGGAUCAUAAUGAUGCUUUGGGAGGGGCGGAAUGGGGUCAUCCAUCAGACAAUAUCGCAGCUAUUUUGGCUGUGAUGGACUGGUUAUCGCGCAUGUCGGCCUCGGCACGCCUCACCCAUACCGGACCGCCACUAACUAUGCGAACAUUGUUGAUCGCAGUGAUCAAAGCAUAUGAGAUACAAGGCUGCUACCAAAUGCUCAACGCAUUCAAUGCCUACGGCAUCGACCAUGUGGUAUUGGUCAAACUGGCCUCGGCUGCCGUCGUUUCUUGGUUACUGGGGCUCACAGAAGAGCAGACCAUGGCAUGCAUCUCUCAUGUCUGGAUGGAUGGGCAGCCCACAAGGGUCUACCGAGAGCGCGAUAACACGAUCCCACGGAAAGGGUGGGCUGCGGGAGACGCUGUGCGGAGGGCGGUACAGCUUGCUUUUUAUGUCCAAGCCGGCCAGCCAGGCUCGCCGGGGGCUUUGUCCUCAAAGCCAUGGGGUUUCUGGGCUCGAACAUUCGGGGAGGCGGGCUUCCAGUUUGCUCAGCCAUUUGGCACUUGGACAAUCCAGAACGUGUUAUUCAAAGCCAUGCCGGUAGAGGGGCAUGCGGUAUCUGCCGUGGAAGCCAUCCUGCUCCAGAUGCGUCGCUUCAAGGCGAAGGGGUUGUCAAAUCCCGCACAAGACAUAAAGCAGAUGGAUUUGCGCACCACGGCCGCUGCCGAAUUGAUUAUCAACAAGAGAGGGCCAUUGCGCAAUGCUGCAGACCGUGAUCAUUGCAUACAGUAUGCCGUUGCUUUGGCAUGUUUGAAAGGGAGUGCGCCUGACGCUGCCGAUUACCUCGACACAAGCCCAUGGGCGACAAACCAUGAGUUGAAAUGCUUGAUGGAAAGGAUCACGGUGUCAUCCGACGCCGAACUGACCCGUGAUUAUUUGGACCUUGACAAGAAGAGCAUCGGGACAGGUGUUACAGUCCAUCUGAAGGACCAAUCGGUUCUUCCGGAAAUACUAGUUGAGUAUCCCAUGGGCCAUGCGCGGAAUCCUGAGUCAAACGCGUUUGUGGAAGACAAAUUCUUGCAAAACAUGGCGCGAACGUUCUCCAAGACAAAGAUUGCUCAGAUUGCGGGGGCAGUCCACCAUCCCGAUCUGCCAGUGAGUAAUUUUGUGGAUUUGCUUGCAUGCCCCGCAAGCCAGCCACAGUUGUGA